CGAAGAAGAGAGAGAGAGAGAGAGAGAGAGAGAGAGAGAGAGAGAGAGAUCAAGAAGAAGAUGAGUGGGGAUGGCAUGCGUUUCCGGCCAACUGACGCCGAGCUGCUAAAGAUGUUACGGCAGUUCACUGACGGAGACUACACCGGCGGCCUCGUGGAGCGACGUCAUCUCUACGCGGAUGAAGAGCCCUGGGAGAUUUGCACCGGCCGUGGCACGGCCGCAGCCGACGACAACACCUGGUACUUCUUCACGGAGCUGAAGCGGAAACCGGCCACUAAGGGCCCGGGGAAGAGGUUUUUCCGCUCCGUGGGGAAGGGGACGUGGCACGGGACGAGUAAAGUUGAGACUAUUUUCAACCCCGAUCGGAAACAGGCUCUCUUAGGGUUCAAGAGGAACUUCACCUACUGGCGGGGAGAUGACGAGGAGCGCAAGGGCGAAUUCGUCAUGAGCGAGUUCUCUCUCCCGGAAGGCACCGUCAAGUCCGACCGCAAAGAUUUCGUCAUAUGCCGGUUGAAGAGGAAGAAGAGAGGACCAAUCCACGACGACAACGUUGAUGCCGCGGAGGACGCGCCAAGAAUGAUGCUAGUGUUACAAGAACAAGAAAACAACAACGAUGAUGACGUGUCGUUUUCGUACGACGAGCUGUUCGGCGGAAUAGAGGUCGAAGACAUGACCGCCGCCCCCGCCUUGUUACAAAAUGAUGAUGCCGCAAGUAAUGAGACAUGUCCAUGCACCACCAAUACGGCGGCGGCGGUGGCGGCGGCUCCUCUUAGUGGGGUUUCUGGUGAUACAGCAUGGACGCUAGAGAUGGUGGAAGAUUUCUUGCUAAAAGACGACGACGCGGGGACGCAGCGGCUAGUGCGGCGGAGAUUCAAGAAGAUAAUGGAUGGUUUUCGAGCAUGAUGGAUGACUUUGAAGUAGAACACGGCGGUGGUUCGGUGGCUGCAUCACCCGGCCAUAUGAGUUUUGAUCAUAAUUUUGAUGAACUGUUUGUGUAAUGGAAUGAUUUGUAAUCUUUCCGGGUUUUCUAACGGUUCUUUCCCGGAUCGUAUCAAAAGAGUCGAACCGCAUAGGGUUUUAGAGGUCGAGUCUUUCAACAUCACAUUAAUACAUACAAUUAAAAGUUGAUCCA